CAGUGUACUGAAACACGCAUUGUUGUAGUUUGGAUAUCAUGGAGCAGUUAGAAUUGCGUUCUGACAGCAAACAAGCGAAAGAUAUAUGUAUGCACAUUGCUUUACACAUGAAGUAACCCCAAGAUGGGCAACGAAACGGAGACGUGUUAUGCUUGCCAGAAGUCGGAUGACAGGGGCUGCGUGGCCGACGUCAGGGUCUGUGAGAAGGCUCGCUUCACGCACUGCUACGUGUGGUAUCUUAAGAGCGCAGGCAAGAUCAACGUCGGCGCCAUGGACUGCAUGUCGAACCACGCCGGCAGACCAGACUGUCCCAGCAAGCACUGCACAGAGGCCGGAUGCUUUCACUGCUGUAAGGGAAACAACUGCAACGGGAUUCUCUUGGAUCGCUUGCUAGCGGCUGAAGAGGAACAGUCUCGGCUGUCGCACGCGGAGACCACGACACUGCCGUCCACUGUCGGCCUGGCCUCCUCCACGUCGAACGUCAGAGUCACUAGCUCAGCAUACACCGACGGCGUCGGGCAGCGGCUUCAGAAUCCGGGCUACGUCUACGCUCUCAGCGCCUUCCUCCUCCUCGGCAUCUUCCUCAUCGCCGUCUCCUCCUUCUACCGUCUCCGUCGCAACAAGGGCGGCGGCGGCGGGACGGUGGCGCUCCCCAACGUCGGCGCUUCGUUCGAUGGGCUCUGCGGCGGUCGCGGAGACAUCCGUCUGAUUGCGAUGGUGUCUCAGGGUCGCUACGGCGCCGUGUUCAAGGCGCGCAUGGGGGAGGAGUACGUCGCCGUGAAGCUGUUUCCUCUUCACGAUCGCAACUCGUGGACGCAGGAGCUGAACAUCUUCCGUCUGCCGCAGAUGUCUCACGCGAACGUCGUCAGGUUUGUCGGUGUCCACUCUUGCUGCUACAACCAACAGACAGAGCUGUGGUUGGUCACCUCCUUCUACGAGAUCGGAUCGUUGGGAGACUACCUUAAGAAGCACACAGUGACUCUGCUAGAGUACUGCAAGAUCGUCGAAACAAUGUCCGCCGGGCUCGCCUACCUACACGAGGAGCUGCCGGGGGGCGCCACCUACCGGUGCAAGCCGUCGAUCGCCCACCGUGACUUCAAGAGUACGAACGUUCUCUUGAAGAACGACCUCACCGCCUGCAUCGCGGAUUUCGGACUGGCGAUGGUGUUCCGGGACGAGCGCCCGAUCGGAAACAUGCACGCGCGGGUGGGAACGUUCCGGUACAUGGCUCCUGAGCUCCUGGAAGGGUCCAUCUGCUUCCAGCAGGACGCGUUCCUGAGGAUAGACAUGUACGCGUUUGCGCUCGUGAUGUGGGAGACGAUGGCGCGCUGCACCGCUUCCCAAGAGUCGGUUGGGGAAUAUUCACUGCCAUAUCAGAAGGAGGCUGGCUUGCAGCCUAGUUUUGUCGACCUCAGAAAAAUUGUCGUUCUGCAGAAUGUGAGACCAGACAUAAAGGAGGCGUGGCGCAAACAUAUAGAGCUGGGGAGGGUGGUGACGACAGUGGAGGAGUGCUGGGAUUCGGAACCCGAGGCGAGGUUAUCAGCGAGCUGCGUCGGCGAACGCAUAGCAGAGCUGCGAGAACUCUGCGUGGAGCGCCGCCGUGGACGACCCAACGACCCUGCCGUGACCUCGCGACCUGAAGCGGCGACCUCACGACCUGAUCCCCUGGUGACCUCGCGAUCUGACCCCGCAGUGACCUCGCGACCCGACCCCGCCAUAACAUUGCGACCUGAAGCGGCGACCUCACGACCCGACCCCGCAGUGACCUCGCGACCUGAAUCAGCGAGCCAACCAAUGCCAGCGUGAAAGCCAGUCGUGACCUGACCCCACGGCGUGACCUGACCCAACGCCAACGUGAGAUGUAGAAUCUGCGACUGAUACACCGACGUGAGAAGCCUGGCCGAGCGACCACAUGCGGGUGUGCAUCGUAACUCGAUGUCACGUGUCCGCACACGCGAUGCGACACUGACACAUGAGUGAGAGGGUUAGGUUGGCUGGCGACGGCUGUAGCUGGGUUAUCCGUCCGUGGUAUAGCGCACGUCGCGGGCUUGUUGCCGUUGUUGUUGUUGUUGUUGUUGUUGUUGUUGUUGUUGUUGUUGUUGUUGUUGUCACGUUGCUGUUGUUGUCGCCUGGAACUUUGCUUACCACAAAUGCGUGUAAGAUGCGGUCACCGUCGCGUCGACAGUUCCAGCUAGUAGCUACUACAAGUUAGAUGUUGGGUUGAGCAGCGACCGUGGAAUCAAUCUACUUGUGGGUCUCACUGUUUGGUAGGAGGCAUGAGAUAUAUACGGUUACAUCUGUACCUGUCCCCCUGAAAGCAGGAAAUCAUGCACGCAGGAAAAAGCCUCGAACGUGCACGUCCAUAAGGGGGCGUCCAUGUUGCUCUGGAGUGGAGUACGUGUGUGAGAAUUGACGGUGAUUUUUUAAGGAGGUUAAGUUGAGCUGCCACGCAGUUGAACCCGGUGUUUAACCCGGUGCCGUAAAUUACUUUAUUCGUUUUGUUUUUGUUUUGUUUUGUUGUUUUACUUUGUUUUUGUUUUACUUGCGAAGAGGUGUUGAGUUGUGAUCACCUCCAGCGAUUAUAAUUAGGUUUUGUUUUAUGUGUAGCGAGGAGGCGGUUGGGGGAAACGUGCGUGCCGGAGUGCACGCAUUCCCUUAGGUAGAGAGAGAGAGAGGCGGGAAGCUGCCAGCACGGGGGCAUUUUCCUCCUGCUGUAGACCAGUGCGUCUGUUGGCAUGUGACGGCCCGUCAUGUGGGGGACCGUGGCCGCAACCACUGGCUAACACACGAACGUCUAAACAACCGUACACGUGACUCACGUCUGGUUGCGCGGUCGCAUUACAACGCGUGUACGUUUCUUUUAUAGGUAUAGAUAGGUAUUUAUGAACGUGGAUCCCGUCCUCGCUCGCUCGGUGUGGUGCCUUUUGUUCAUUUUUUUUUUGCCGUUGUUUAUUUGCUGUUGUUGGCGAAUCGUGUAAUGCUUGAGUCGGUCAGCAUUUCUAAGGAAACUUUGGCAAUUUAUUAUUUUACAGAUAACUGAAAGAGUUGCGUGUUUCGUGCGGCAGUAUUUUCAAUGAAGUUAAUUCGAUUCAAUUCGCGUUCGGAAAGCAAUUCAUGUGUGUACAGAUUUCAUUCGUGGUUGUAUUUAAUUGAUCGUGGUUCGGUUUUUUGGAUGUAAUUGUGGUUUUCAAUGGAUGUGAUUGAGGUAGUGCGUUUUUUCUAGCAGAGGUUUUCUGUGGUUACAGAUGAAAAGAUGCCGUAAAAAGGUGUAAAUAAAUGACGAGCUCGUAAGUAGUUAUACGUUAAUUAUAAUUUUUAUUGGUUUAGUUGAAUGAUAAUUAGGUUAAAUAAUUAACUGGUAAUUAAAUAAAAACAAACGAGACUGUGAGAAGCGUUCUCCACAUUCGUCUUUCAAUUGUGUUUCCAGCGAUGAUGAUAUCGAUACAUGGCAAGUAGACAGACGUGCGUAUAGGUGAUAGAUAAGUUUGUUAUAAUCAGUCGGUCACAAAGGUGAACUACUACGUCUAUGUGUAACUGUUACAGUUCAUUAUAAUUAUAAGGAACAUAGAUUGAUUUUUUUACCGUCCAUUAGUUGUUACGUUAGGUCGGUACACACUUAAGUUAAUUGCGUUUCAUUAUGAUUGUGAAGAUGAUAAAUUCACGUGCAUGUACACGAAUCGGUUGUGAAAGACUUAGGAAUAUGAUUACGAAUAAAUUUUUCUAAA